AUGAAGCUCCUUCCUCUCUUUGCGCUCUGCGCAACCGCUGUGAGCGGACUUGUCUAUGACAAUCUCGGGCAUACUCCUCCAGGUGCACAAGUCUACUCUGCUGGUGAUACAGCUGCGCUGAGGAGAAUCGGCGCGCACCAUCCAGGCCACCACGACAGGCGAACGGUGACGAUUCGCUCCUCGCGCAACGACCACGACGAUGUCUCCGCUGAUUUCCUCUGGGGAAUCAAACGCGCCAACCACGGUGGCAGACUCCUUCUCAAGAAAGGGAAGAAAUACGUCAUUGGCAAGAAACUGGAUUUGACCUUCUUGGAUAAUGUUGAAGUGCAAUUGGACGGCGAGCUCAAGUUCACCGACGACGUUCCGUACUGGCAAGAAAACCACUUCUACUACGACUUUCAAAAAUCAAUCACCUUCUGGCGCUGGGGCGGCCGCGAUAUCCGCAUCUUCGGCAAGGGUCUAUUGAACGGCAAUGGCCAGCGGUGGUACAACGAGUUCGCAGGACAGGAGAUCCUCGACCCGGAUAACACAUACUACCGGCCCAUCCUCUUCGUCGCGGAGAAUGCAACGCGGCUCUCUGUCGAGGGAAUUACUGAGCUCAACUCGCCUUGCUGGACAAACUUCUUCGUCAACAGCAAGGAUAUCUCGUUUGAUGACGUCUAUAUCAAUGCGUUCUCUACGAAUGCUUCUGCCGAACCCAAGAACACCGACGGCUUCGACUCCCUUAACGUCAACGGCCUCUCCGUAACAAACACCCGCAUCGAUAUCGGCGACGACUGCUUCUCUCCGAAGCCCAACACAUCCAACAUCUUCGUCCAGAACCUCUGGUGCAACAACACCCACGGUGUCUCAAUGGGCAGUAUCGGGCAGUACCCGGGCGUCCUGGAUAUCAUUGAGCACGCGUACAUUGAGAAUGUUACGCUGCUUAAUGGAGAGAACGGCGCCCGCCUAAAAGCUUGGGCCGGCGAAGGUGUCGGCUACGGCCGGAUCAACAACAUUACAUACAAGAACAUCCGCGUCGAAAACACUGAUUACCCCAUUGUCCUCGACCAGUGCUACUUCAACAUCCCCAGCGAAGAGUGCGCGGCAUACCCGUCGCAAGUGAACGUGACAAACGUCGUUUUCGAAAACAUUUACGGGACAUCGUCGGGCGCGGAGGGCGAUGUCGUUGCUGAGCUGAUCUGCUCGCCGAACGCGGUUUGCGAAGGAAUCCGCUUGAAGGAUAUUGAUAUUGAGACGCCGGAGGGGGAGCAGGGGGUUGUUGUUUGUGAUGGGAUUCCAGGAGGUGUCGGGGUUGAUUGUGUUGAGUCUACUUCUGCUUGA